AUGGCAGAAGGAAAUUAUUCCAUUGUGAAAGAGUUCACCCUCGCUGGAUUAACAGAGAAUCUGGGACUCCAGCUGCCCCUGUUCUUCCUCUUCUUAGGAAUCUACAUAGUCACAGUCCUAGGGAACCUGGGCAUGGUUGUGCUAAUCCUGUUCAGUCCUCACCUGCACACCCCCAUGUAUUUCUUCCUCAGUCAUCUGUCUUUUGUUGACCUCUGCCAGUCUAGUGUCAUCACACCUAAAAUGUUGGAGAACUUUGUAAUGAAGAAGAGUGUUAUCUCUUAUGCAGGAUGCAUGGCUCAGUUUUACCUCUUCGGUCUUUUUGCUGUUUCAGAAUGUCACAUGCUGGCUGCCAUGGCAUAUGAUCGCUAUGUGGCCAUUUGUAACCCCUUGCUGUAUAACGUUACCAUGUCCUAUAAGGUGUGUUCCUGGAUAGUAGUUGGGGUGUAUAGUGUAGGCUUAGUUUGUGCUACAGGUGAAACAGUCUUCCUGCUUAGACUGUUUUUUUGCAAAGAUAAUUAUAUAAACCACUACUUCUGUGAUCUUUUACCACUACUGGAACAAUCUUGCUCCAGUACGUUUAUCAGUGAAAUACUAGGACUGUCUUUUAGUUCAUUUAACAUUAUUUUCCCAGCUCUGACCAUUCUCAGCUCCUACUUCUUCAUCAUUUCCAGAAUCCUAGGCAUUCCUUCUACUGAGGGCAGGUCCAAAGCCUUCAGCACUUGCAGUUCCCACAUCCUGGCUGUUGUUCUCUUCUUUGGUUCUUUAGCAUUCAUGUACCUUCAGCCAUCAUCAGUUAGCUCCAUGGACCAAGGGAAAGUGUCAUCUGUAUUUUAUACCAUUAUUAUACCCAUGCUGAACCCCCUGAUCUACAGUCUAAGGAAUAAGGAUGUCAAAGUUGCCCUGUGCAAGUUUAUAGAAAGAAGACAAUUCCUGUGA